CAGAAACUUUGGAAGAUGCCGGAUUGACUCCUGUCUCCUGUCCAGAGAAGGCCAAGGAAAGGAUCUUGCUGGAUUCUUCAUGGAUUCGCUCGGUGCAGCAUACACUCAGUUUGGGUUUAAUCUUUUCCAAAAGCUGAAUAAGAUAAAAGAUGGCAACAUCUUCUUUUCCCCCGUGGGCAUUUCAGCCGCCAUCGGCAUGCUGGUCUUCGGGGCCCAAGGAGCCACCGCGGUGCAGUUACGGAAGAUGCUUUCCUCUGAGAAAGACACAGAGAGCUCAAAAAUAAAAACUGAAGAAAAAAAGAUUGAGAAGACAGAAGAGAUACAUCAACAAUUCCAAGAAUUUUUGAGUGAGAUAGGCAAAUCCACUAAUGGUUAUGAACUAAGAAUAGCCAACAGGCUCUUUGGAGAAAAGACAUACCUCUUCCUUCAAAAAUACUUAGAUUAUGUGGAAAAACAUUACCAUGCAUCUCUGGAACCUGUUGACUUUGUAAAUGCAGCAGAUGAAAGUCGAAAGAAGAUUAAUUCCUGGGUCGAAAGCCAAACAAAGGAAAAAAUCAAGGACCUGUUUCCAGAUGGUUCUCUAGACAGCUUCACCAAGCUGGCACUGGUGAACAUAGUUUAUUUUGAAGGGCAAUGGGACAGGGAGUUUAAGAAAGAAAAUACCAAGGAGGAGGAAUUUUGGCUGAAUAAGAGUAUGAGCAGAUGUGUGCCAAUGAUGACACAGAGCCAUGCCUAUAGCUUCGCUUUCCUGGAGGACUUGCAAGCCAAAAUUCUGGGAAUUCCGUAUAAAAACAAUGACCUAAGCAUGUUUGUGUUGCUGCCCAAUGACACAGAUGGUCUGGAGAAGAUUAUAGAUCAAAUAACUCCAGAAAAAUUAGUGGAGUGGACUAGCCCAGGGCAUAUGGAAGAAAGGAACGUGACCUUGCACUUGCCGCGGUUCGAGGUGGAGGAUGGGUACGAUCUGGAGGCCGUCUUGGCAGCCGUGGGGCGGGGAGACGCCUUCAGCGAGUACAAAGCGGACUCUCCGGGGCUGUCCGCACACUCGGGGCUGCGGGCGGAGAAGUUCCUGCACAGGGCCUUUGUGGCGGUCACCGAGGGAGGGACUGAGACUGCGGCCGGCACCGGCGUGGGCUUUGCCCUCACACUGGCACCGGGAUAUGAACACUUUCAUUGCAAUCACCCUUUCCUGUUCUUCGUCAGGCACAAGGAGUCCAACAGCAUCCUCUUCUUCGGUAGAUUCUCUUCUCCUUAGGACAGUCAUUGCCUUGGCAGAGAACCAGUGAUGGAGUAUCAGUAAGACUGUGGGCAUAGCCCGUUCUUAAAAAAAAAAAAAAAAAAAAAAAAAGGUCUUACUUGCUUGCAUUCCAGUCUUACCAGCAAAAUCAUUCACUUAAGUGACUGUAAUGGUGCACGUGUUUGUAAUUCUCCAAACUGAAAUGUCCUUUUGUUUGUGCUGCGUAAAAACUUAGUUAAAUCAAGGCUCAUAAAUAAUCUCCUGUUGAUUUCUUCUGGAAGUAAAUCAACCUCUUGUAAUUUUGUGUACUAAUGGCGAGAAACAAAGUCUUCAGUAAAUACACGGACUCGUGACUCUGGGAGUCCCUCUAGUUAUAACGGUUUGACGGAAUACGCGAAUAAAAUAAAACAGUAAUUUACUCAAUUUGUGUGUUACUUUUUUCUUUCUCAGCAAGUGCAGCAAACUGCACAGAAGAAAGAGGCUUUAGAAGCACAUUAGCAAAACAUAAAUUCAGGCUUAAGGUCAGGACAAAAUAAAACAAUGUAUCAGACAAAGAGGAUUCCCAUAUUUUCAUCUUCUUUUCUAAGGGAGCAUAUUAUCUGUUGUCAGUUGUGUAAGCCUUUUGAUAUUGUGAAAUUAAUGUGAUUCUGAGAAUAUAAAUAUUGUAGCCGAUCGAUAUUUUUACCCUGUCUCUUUUUAAAAUGACAAUACAUAUUU